AUGAGACUGGAGCGAGCUCUAUGGGAGAACGACUACGACUUCCCAUUGUUUGUGAUAUUCGAGUUUCAGAAGCCAGAAGAGAGAGAAAAAGUCAUUACCUGCCUGUAUAAUAUUGCCUCGACCUUGUACUAUGCGGCCAACUCAGAGAGAAGAAGAAAGGAAAGAGAGUUUAAGAGCCGCCGGGGCCGUCGUCGUCCUGCCUCAUCGUUUCGGUCUGCGUCCCGCGCCAUUUCGUCUUCCCCGUCCAAGAAGGGCCGGACUUCCCCUCCUCCCUGUUCGCCUACCCCGACAGGGCCCACCGAGUCUGUCGAGUCUGCUGAGCCCGCAGCCAGAGAACCAGCUUCAGAAGCGGCCCCCGUUCCCAGCAGCACUAUCGAGGAAGAAGAGCCCCAGGCCCAGGCCCAGUCUCCGUCCCGGCCGCGCGACCUCGAAGAUAUCUCUGACUAUGCCGUUAUGGUCCUUCGGGGAGUCGAAACCGACAUGACUGAGUUUCCACUGGAAGCGUUCCUGCCCGAGCGUCGUGGUCUUCGUCGACUGCGCCAACCGAAGCCAUCGUUUGCUGCUUGUCUGCAGGUUCUGAAAGAGGAUUGUGCGUUCGAUGAGAAAAGCGAGAUGCUGAGGGAGUUGAUCGCGGUCUCCGAGGACAGGAUGGAAUGUAUAGACAUCGACCAGCACUCGUGGCCGACCUUUCUGAAGCAUGGUCUUUCGGCUGACCUUUACCAUUUGGAGAUUCAGAACAGGUGA